AUGGUCCUUCUGGAUACUCCCAGGGAUCUCUAUGCUAAUCGGGACUUUCUCCGCAGCGGUCCGUUCUUCUGGAACUUCUUUACCCUCGAUAGGAUCCGAAAUGCAGUGGAGCUCCACCGAUCGCGCGGCAUCCUCGUACCCUUGCAUGUGUCGGACGCAGACGAGCCACGCCCCGAAGCCGUUUCUGAUCGAAGGGAGAGGGUUAGGCCUCAGAAUGAUAAGGGGAUUGCUUUCAGGAGUGUCUCGGAAGAUCCUGCGAUCCCUGGAUGGGAAACGGGUAACGGGAGCGUAGCAAGUGAAGUUCCCCUUCCGAGUGACUUCUUUGGCAACCUUCUUCCCGGUUUUACCAUUCAAGUGUCUCUGACCGAGGCAUCGAGGAGAGAGGUGGUCACGGAAGGCUCUCGGUUGAUCAACGAGACGGAGGUUUCAGAGAAGCGCGCAUUUCGCAUUUCAUGUCCGAGGAGAUCGAGAGGAAGUUCAUUGAGUUCUAGAACCAGGUGGCGGAGCGAUACCGUGCGCAGGCUGAAUCCCAUUCUCGAGCUCCCGUCCGUGCGGAGAGGUUUUAAGGAAGCUCAGGAUGACGUGGGCGACUUCCGCGAGUGCCACGGUUCAGUCGCUUCCCUCUGGAAGUCGCAGGACGCUGACUUCUCCUUUCUUCCCGAUAUUGCCAUCAUGUCAGGCCUUAUGGAUGGGUGUGUUCAUGCUGAGUCACAGGUUCCUCCGAUCGAGGGGAGGAUCCGACAGCUUUGGGAACCCAUUGAGGUUUCUGAGGAUACAGCAGAAGCCGGAGCUGGUAUCGGGGAUGCGGAGGGCAUCGCAGCUGAGGAAGGAGAGGUGGAUCAGCCAGUGAGCUCCUUUGGAGUCUCCAUGUCUGGUUUCCUUGACCUCUGA